AUGAUCCGCCGGAAGAAGAACGUCAAGAAGGGUAUCCAGUUCUGCCUGAUGGUCUGCGGUGCUUCUGGAACUGGCCGGACAACCUUUGUCAACACCCUCUGCAGCAAGGACGUCCUCCAGCACAAGGACGCCGAUGACUCGACGGAUGCCCACGUCGAGGACGGUGUCAAGAUCAAGCCCGUCACUGUCGAGCUUGAGCUCGAUGAGGAGGGCACUCGCAUCUCCCUGACCAUUGUCGACACCCCCGGAUUCGGUGACCAGAUCGACAACGAGGCCAGCUUUUCCGAGAUUGUCGGUUACCUCGAGAGACAAUAUGAUGACAUUCUCGCCGAGGAGUCUCGUAUCAAGCGUAACCCUCGCUUCAGGGACAACCGUGUCCAUGCCAUGCUCUACUUCAUCACGCCUACCGGCCACGGUCUCCGCGAGCUGGAUAUUGAGCUGAUGAAGCGCCUGGCGCCCCGUGUCAACGUCAUCCCCGUCAUCGGCCGUGCCGACUCGCUCACCCCCGCUGAGCUGGCCGAGUCGAAGAAGCUCGUGAUGGAGGACAUCGAGCACUACCGUAUCCCCGUCUACAACUUCCCCUACGACAUCGAAGAGGACGACGAGGACACCGUGGAGGAGAACGCCGAGCUCAGGGGCCUGAUGCCCUUUGCCAUUGUCGGCUCCGAGGAAGUUGUCGAGAUUGGUGGCCGCAAGGUCCGUGCCCGUCAGUAUCCCUGGGGUGUCGUCGAGGUCGACAACCCUCGCCACUCGGACUUCCUCGCCAUUCGUUCGGCCCUCCUCCACAGCCACCUUGCCGAUCUCAAGGAAAUCACCCACGACUUCCUCUACGAGAACUACCGUACCGAGAAGCUCUCCAAGAGCGUUGACGGCCCCAACGGAGCUCGCGACAGCUCGAUGAACCCCGAGGAUCUGGCUUCCCAGUCCGUCCGCCUCAAGGAGGAGCAGCUCCGCAGGGAGGAAGAGAAGCUGCGCGAGGUCGAACUCAAGGUCCAGCGCGAGAUCAACGACAAGCGCCAGGAGCUCCUGGCCCGCGAAUCCCAACUGCGCGAGAUCGAGGCCCGCAUGCAGCGCGAAGCUUCGGCCCACGAGGCCUCGGCUGCCGGUGGCGAUGCUAACGGUGCUCAAGAGUAA